AUGGGGCAACAUCAGGUCUCUUCCAUCACGCACUCGGAUGAAGUGCAAGAUAUGAAUGCCUCAUCCUCCCUUCCCAUCAAUAGAAGAACUCUUGGCCGAACAGUAGCAGCAGCUUCAUCACCAUCAUCAUCAUCAUCAACCAACAACUCACCACGAGGAGGAGGAGCAUUAGAAGGAGGAAUCAAACAACAGCAACAACAAUGGAAUCAUGGCGAUACAUCCCACAUGAUCUCUACCUUCCGAUCAUCCAUGCCUGUGGCUCAGGGCGCCGAUGCCAAUUCCAUCAUCCCUAACACGGUACAAAACAGUUUGGGAAACCCUUCUCAUCCUCCUCAUCAGAAUGGAAAAACUUGUUCAUUGCCCAUUCACCCAGUCGCUUCUCUUCCAUCUUCAUCCUCCUCGACCAUUACCACUCGAUCGAGUCCAACAAGACGAACUCAAAAGUCAAAAGGCAAACUGGGAGCAGGCUUACUUGCAACAUCCUUCUCAAGAAGACAUUUCAAUGAUGAUUUAAUUGGAGACGAUGAAAGUCAAGAGAGCGAGGAGGAGGAUGACGAAAAUUAUAAUACAGAACAUUGUACGACCAAUCAUGUCGAUACCAACCAUCAUCAUUACGAUGAUAAUGUCGAACAUGAUAGCGAUCAUGAUGAAGAAUCCAUACGAAGAAAAUUGCGAUCCACCUUGUAUCCUAAAACACAUUACAGUUAUUAUUGGAAACCCAAUGUAUACAAGGACUGUUUCAUGCCAACAACCUCGUCACGAUCGUCAGCUUCUUCCUCUCGAUACCUAAAACAAACAAAUACGGAUCUAUAUGCAUCAUUAUCAACUGAUGAUACUUCUCAAUGUUUGGAAUGGACCAUACGAUUAGAUCCAGAGAACGAUCCUCAAUUUUAUGAGCUCGCUUUUUCACUGUUUCAUUUCCAAAAACCAGACGAUGAAUAUGAUGAAGCUGUCAUUCCAACCUCUCAUAGCAUCGAAGAAGAGCAGAAUGUUUCAAGCUUGGCAUUUAACACCCAUUCAGUUGCAUUCAACACCACCACCACUGCCACCACUUCCCCACAAAAUAUUCACACCAAUCAUACAUCUCCCAAAAAAAACCACCGUGAAAAUGGUGUCACAUCACCUCAGUCCCUUACUCAUCUCACUGCCACAACCCCCAACUCAGACGCUCCCACAUCUGUUCCAUCUUCUCUCAUCAUGGGCAGUUCUACAACUACUACUACAGCGAGUAGUACCACCAUGGAUACUGAUCCUUUCUCGAUUGGGCUUGGAACCUCAUCGAGUACGUACCUUAAUAUCCCUUCCCCUUCCUAUCAUCGACCAAGAGGAAGAGCAUUCCUCAUUGGUUCACAGUCCUCUUCAUCUUCCAAUCCUCAUGCAUCCAUCAAUUCCUCAUCAUCCAAUCAUUUUUAUCCAUUUGAAUCAGAUAGAAACAGUAGGGACAUUUCUUCCUCAUCACCUCUUCUAAAUUCAGCUGGUAUCAAUCAUUUACAUUGUCUCAACCAAUCAGAUGGUAGAUUCUCUUCCAACUCAAAUAUGUAUUUGAAUGAGAAGAGAAGAAAAUCUCUCGAGAGAACCUCACGUGACUAUCGAAGAGAGCUUUACCUGGAGGUCUUGCGUACUAGAUUUGAAAAUAGAGGUGCCAUACCUCAAGACGAGAAAGAUCACAACAAGAGACACCACCAAAAAUCAACCCACUAUAUUUCUGCAAGCCAAAUCGAACAAAAGGUACCAUUUGAAAUUAUGUUUCAGAUACUGAGCUAUCUGACACCAGAAGAUUUGAUCAAGUUGGGAAAUGUGAGCCGAACGUUUCGAUACAUAUGGACAGAACAUCCACUUUUGUGGGUGCGGUAUCCAUAUGUCAUCAACAAUGAGAAUGGAGAUUUAAAUUUGGGAGAAAUGGUAGAACAAGAAAAAUCUAGAAUUGGUUCAUCAUUCAUUGAUCACGCCUCGCUGCGAGAGCUCAUUGAAGAAUCUCCAUUCACCACUGAAAAAACCAAUAUUGUUCGUUCGAGCUGGAAGAAUAUUUACAGAGCGAUUUAUCAUGGUUAUACGAAAGGUCCAUGGAAUAAUUAUUGUACUUUUUACAACAAUGUAAAUACUCAAAGCGUAGAAUAUCGAUUAAGCAUGAUUGAAAUUAAGGUUUGCUUGGUUGGAGGCUCGGGUACUGGUAAAAGUUCAUGGAUUCUCAUGCUCAAAGAUGCCAACAAUGGAGAGACACCAGAGAUCUACAAGUCUAGAUCCAAAAAGAUUGAAUACAUGGAAACCACUAUUGGUGCCUCCUAUACUGUAAAACAUAUUAAGGUGACACUUCCACAUGCUGCAUCCUCGAGCAAUGAUUCCCAAGAUGAUGACUCCAUAUCAUCAGAAACUGAUAGUUACAUUAUGAAUCGUUUUGUACCAAUUAUUUCUGAAAGUAUUUGGGAUACCUCUGGUGUUAAGAGAUACUUCCCUCUAAUUCCUCUUUAUUUGAGAACAUGCAAGGGCAUAAUUUUAUGUUUUGACCUUAACAGACAAGAGUCGUUUGAUGAAAUGAUUGAAAUAUUCGAGGAAUACAUUUUCAAACAACAGGCAAACAAAUGUGAGACCAUGGACUUGUUUGAAAACAAGCAUUUAUUUGAAAAAUGCCUUCAAGAACAAGAUACAUAUGUCUAUGUGUGUGGAAUGAAAAGUGACAAAGAACGGCAUGUAUCCAACGAGAAAAUUACCCAAUUUUUGCACAAAUAUGGAGGAUCUAGAAUCAAGAUAUUUACCAAUAAUUUUCUCUAUUUUGAAUUAAGUUCACUCACAGGAGAAAAUGUGUACACACCAUGGUUACACUUGGCCUACUGUGUUGCUCUGAAUAAUCAGAACGAUCAUGCAUGA